UUUUCAGAAUAUGUCGCAAAAAUUGACGCAUUUCUCUGCUCUGGGGGCCUUUUUUUAGAAGAAUAGAAAGCAUUUAACCUAUUUAAUUAAUUACCCGCUAUGCCCAAUGUCAAGGUGUUUCCUUUCACAAAAAGUUCAUUUGUGCCCGAUAUCUCACGAUCUCGUUGGAUGUUGUGGUAUAGAUAAGACCGACUGUAUGGAUUGUAACGCUCAGCAUUUAUUAAUCAAUCAGUCAGUUUUAAGCAAGUUGAUAAAUCACAAGUUUCGCCACGUUAUUACUUAAAAGCCCAUAAGAGCCCCUUAGAGACAUGGACAGCUUAAAUCCUACAGAAGUAUUGAAGUUUUUGGAGUUCGUCAAUGAUCUUAAGCAUCUACCACGACGAGGUUGGAUUUUCAGCAAAAUAAAGGACCAUGAAACAAUAUCAGGUCACAUGUAUGCAAUGGCCUUAAUGACUUUCCUGCUGGGAAACGACUCAAAACUCGACCGAAUCAAGUGUCUCCAAUUAAGUUUGGUGCACGAUCUGGCUGAAGCAGUUGUAACUGAUCUUACACCACAUGACAAUGUACCUGAAGAUGUGAAGCACCAACUCGAAGACGAAGCAAUGAAGAAAAUCACUAGUCACAUUGGUUCAGCUGGUAGUCAAAUCUACGAUUUGUACAAAGAAUACGAAUCGAAGGCAACGCCAGAAGCAAAGUUUGUUAAAGACCUGGAUAGAUUCGAUCUUCUGUUCACGGCUGCAAACUAUGAAAAACGCGACAAUCAUCCGCAAAAAUGCCAGGAAUAUUUCGACGCUCUGAAUGGGAAGUUUGAGCACCCUUUCAUAAAGAAACUGGUAGAUACGUUGGAAGAGCAACGAAAAGGUGACGCGUCUUGUAAUGGGCCAACAAAAGAAACUGCUUGAUAAAGGGUUACACUGUGUACAUAGUUUUCCUUGUACAGUAGAGUACACUAAGUAAUUUUAUUUUUUGAAUGUAUUUUAAUUCCUUAAAAGCGUUUGUUUAUCUAAUAAAUAGCUUGUCGACUCUC